AUGUCUUCCCUGGCUCUGCGAGUGAUCUGGGUCAUUCUCACGUUAACAGCCAUCCCUGCCUCAUGGCUCGUCCUCAUACCGUUCUCGGCUGCGACAGGUCAUUGGUGGGGUCAAAUGGUCUAUGGGCUCACUGUCACCGUAAUGGAUAGCGUGUUCGCAAUUGGCCUAAUCUACAAUCUAUCGCGCAUGCGCACAACUCACUCUUUCUGCAUCGCACAAGCUACGGUACCUUCUAUCGGAGCGUAUGUCCUCAGCGGGAUCUGCAUCUGCCUCGCUGUAUCCACUUAUUCGACCGUCUUCAACCUCAAGCACGGACCCCUGCGUCACAGACGGAAUCCAUUGGAGUGGAAAAGCAUCUACAUCUUACCCGUCGUUCUGUGGCCUCUUGCCGCUACUUCUGCAUUCUUAACCACUUCCUUCAAAGAACACACGUCAUUUCGCUCAGCGGAUGGCUUUGCAUGCGAGAUUCAGCAUCCCCUCUGGCCGCGAUUACUUGGUUACGCCGGCGCUCCCUUCCUCGCUUCCUUGCCUUGCCUUGUGCUGUCCAUCAUCACGGCCCAUAGAAUCACCGCGGUAUCUCGUAAGCGAAGGGCACCACCAAACCGUCAAGAGCAAGCUGCGCGGCUAUCACCCAUUCGCAUAACCUCAGAGCGCGUAACCGCGGAAGAGCGAGUCAUGAGUAGGUUAGAGCGGGAGAGGCGUACGCAAAGCUUCCUCGCGUCAGCUCAUUCGCAUGAGAAGCAACUGGACAAGAUCAGCGUGGUCUCUAUGCCGCAUUCACUCUCGGAUUCCGCUUGGCUUCCAUCACCGCCCACCGUUCACGACGCCGCCGUCUCCGACCUCUCACACGUCCUGCCCGAGAGCUGUUCUGGCCUACAGCGGUACUCGUCACAUCUCGAACCCGCUUCUUCCACUCUUCCGUCUCCCUUCUUCCGAGAGGGAGCAGGAACGCCGCCGUCUCCCAUCACUUUCGCACCAGUGCAUCGGACCCCUACGGUUUCGUCGCGAAGUCCCUCGUUCGACCCUGGCGCUCUACAUUACUAUGAUGGGCUCGAUCAGAUGCCCGUCUCACCAAUGGAUUGCGACGACGAUUCAACUACCCCCAACACAGAGCAGCAUUUGGUUGUCCAUCGCGUUCAGAGAUGGUCUCAGCUCCCACAGACAAGUAGAGGAGGGUCCAAGGAAGACGGAUCGAUGUACGGCACGUGGCCGCCGAUGCUUGCGGGGCUCACAAGAGCAAGAAGUGGGUCAUUGUUACCCUCCUCGGAGCUUACCGGCGCCUUGCGUCGCAUAUUAUUCUUCCAAGUCGCCUUCAGUUGCAUUGUUGUACUGGCGGGCUUAUCGACCUGGAUCGAUCUCGCGAGGCACCGCGACGAGCCCUCUCCAUUCGGCACUCAGCAUAUUGCGCUCGUUCUUGUCGGCUGGGGCCCGUUUUUCGUGUUCGGUCACCUUCCUGCGGUGGGAGGCCGCGUUUUGGGGCGUCUUCGUCGACAUUGA